AAUAUGAUCUCCUGUGCCUUGUCUUGAGGUCCGCCAGGAGGAACAACGUGUGUGCGUGCGUGUGUAGCUUGGGUGGUCUAGUGUGAUCCCUAAUACUUGUACUUUCUUGACCUGCGUCUGUAACCAAUGUAGAUACUCGAUAUCCACGGCAAAAUGAUGAAUUUCCAAAUGAAUGAACUGUGCAAACUUGCGUGAUUGAAAACCUGACCAAGUGGAUUAUCCCCCCUGUAAGGACCACCAGAUUUGUAACGGGUCUAUCGCCUAGACUCGAGACAGGGAAAGGGGGGAGGGUGGUGUCGGUGUUGGAGUUGCCGUAGGCGGAUAUGGUGUCCCUAUGAGCAAUGGGAAGGGAAUGAAUGGGUAUGGCAUCUAUGGAGGGGCCUGUGGUAUUGUUUUCACCAACAGAUGCUGCGUAACCAAAGGGAUUACGUCUGCUUACCCUCAACCUCCCCAACCACAUUCGCAUUCACAUCCCCAUUCAAGCGGAAGUGAGGGCCAUAGAGAAGCUGGUAACCCUUCCUCGAGCUACCCUUCUCCUUUGAGUCAUUCUGGAACUGGUGCCGGUGGGAACGGUGUGAAUGGGACCAGUGGAACUACCGGCAGCGCACACCCUGGAAUACAUUGUUCUAAUUCUUAUGCUUCUCAUCAUUCGAGCACACAUGAUUCGCCAUAUCACUCUGCUGUUACAGCCGAUUCCAAAAAAAUCGGCCAUUUUGAUUUCAUCGAAAGAGAUCUAGGGGCACUCAUUCUCUGCCAGAAACGGCAACUUUUGAGCGCAAGGCGGCAAACCCAAUGGUACCGUGGAACUCCCUCUAAAAAACAUUGUGUUUGCAUACACUUGCGUCCGUUUCUCCCCCUCUAAUCAGCAUGGGGAAACAUCUUGAGUGCGCUAGACAUUCUAGUCUUCAUGCCCUCAAAAACAAGUCCGAAUUUUGUGUAUCAAUGUCACCAGAUUUUUUGUUCAUCGCACAUGAGGG